AUAAGCUUGCUGCCUCAGGUGAAGACCAACAUAAGAGAUCUAUCAUCAUCUUUCUGCUGUUACUAUCACACUCGUUCAAACAGCAUCCACAGACUUCAACCAUCACCAUCAUCAAAUGCAAGGUCAUCACCAGAAUCAUCACCAACAGUUAUCAUCAGCCUCGGCCAUGUCUUCCAAUGGAAACUUCAUGAACAAAGAUGGAUAUGAUCUUGGAGAGAUAGACCCAUCACUCUUCCUCUAUCUUGAUGGAGAAGGACAUCAUGAUCCUUCAUCAACUGCUCCUUUACCUCAUCAUCACACAACCCAGAAUUUGGCGAUGAGACCUCCAACAUCGACGCUUAACAUCUUUCCAUCUCAACCGAUGCACAUAGAGCCACCUCGUUCUUCUACACCCAAUACCGAUAAUACAAGAUUGGUUGCACCUAGUAGUUCAACUCGACCAUCUUCUGAGCCGUCCAUGGACUUGACCAAUCAUUCUCAGUUUCAACUUCCUCAGCCUUCUAAAUCAAUUAAGAAAGAAGGGAACCGCAAGGGUCCUGCCUCAUCGGACUAUGACAUACCAAAAUCAUCAGACCCUAAGACAUUGAGAAGACUAGCACAGAACAGAGAAGCAGCAAGGAAAAGCAGAUUACGAAAAAAAGCUUAUGUUCAGCAACUGGAGUCAUGUAGGAUCAAGCUAAGCCAACUAGAACAAGAGAUUCAACGGGCCAGAUCCCAAGGCGUAUUCUUCGGAGGAGAUCAACAGCAAGGUGGACUACCCACUGGUCCCGGCAACACCAGCUCUGCAGAAGCAGCGGUGUUUGAUAUGGAAUAUACGAGGUGGCAAGAGGAGCAGCAGAGGCUGUUAACCGAACUAAGGAUGGCUACACAAGAGCACUUGGUCGAUAACGAGCUUAGGAUGUUUGUAGACAAUUGUUUAGCUCACUAUGACCAUUUGAUUAACCUCAAGGCCAUGGUCGCUAAGACCGAUGUGUUCCACCUUAUCUCUGGCGCUUGGAAAUCUCCAGCCGAACGUUGCUUCUUGUGGAUGGGAGGUUUCCGCCCAUCUGAGAUCAUUAAGGUGAUUGUGAAUCAGAUAGAACAAUUGACAGAGCAACAGAUAGUUGGGAUUUGUGGGCUGCAACAGUCCACACAAGAGGCAGAAGAGGCACUCUCACAAGGUCUUGAGGCAUUGAAUCAGUCGCUUUCCGAUAGUAUUGUAUCCGACUCUCUUUCGCCUGCCUCUGCACAAUUUCCUCCUCAUCUAUCCAAUUUUAUGUCACACAUGUCCUUAGCUCUCAACAAACUCUCUGCUCUAGAGGGCUUCGUUCUUCAGGCGGAUAAUCUGAGGCACCAAACGAUCCAUAGGUUGAACCAAUUGUUGACGACCCGUCAAGAAGCACGUUGUAUUCUAGCCGUUGCUGAGUAUUUCCACCGUCUUCAGGCUCUAAGUUCUCUCUGGCUAGCCCGUCCACGCCAAGAUGGAUGAUACCACUGAUGAGGAGAAA